AUGGAAAGAACUCCAAACUGCUGCUGCACUCGUGCUUCACUGGUCGCUUUAGUCAUCCUCGUCUUAUUUCCUGUGAGGUCAGGAUGUAAGGAAUACACCUACAAGUCACUGACAGAGGCUAAGCCAGAGUGCUGUGUUAGAGAAGAUGCAGUGAUGAAGAGACUUAAAGACCUCGACUAUGACAGUUUUGUGGGUCUGAUGGGAAGGAGAAGUGUUGCUCAACCAAACAGACACAUGGAUCACAUCUUCGCUGAUAUGUUGGGGCUGCGAACAGGAUCUGCUUGUCCGUGUGCUGAGGAUUAUGUAGAAACUAAGAGAAGCCAAUUCAUCAGUCACGGGAGGCAGAGGUUUCAACGCUUUCUGUGGUGGGAUGUCACGCCUCCUCCGCCUCAACACAGACUGUAAACAGUCUCUCACAGCGCUGAUGAAUCCUCU